UCUCGUGCAGGAUUUCUGGAAGAGGGUGGAGUUAAUCUAGAUGUGGAAGGGCUACAUCAAAAAGGGGUUGCGGCAAAAACAUACGCACAUAAAGACGUUGAGCUGUCAGAUGCUGGUGUUGAUGUAAGGUGAUCAUAUUCAGACUGUAUAGACUCAUGAGGACCAUGCUUGUAAAAAAGCAACACUUCUCUGUGGAUAUCAAAGGGAAUUUGGCGUAUCAUUGGCUUAUUUAUGGAGCUUGUUUUCAAUAUGUUUUUUGCUCUAAAGAUCCUUCUUUUCCAAGAUUAACUCUGAGACAAGAUGCUGUUGGACUAUUUUAUGACAGAAAUUAUAGCCAUACAGUCUUGUUUCAUCAAGAAGGAUCAAAUAGUCUAUUGAUCGGAGGCGCAAAUGUAAUUCUUCAAGUUGAUGUUGACAGUGGUUGGAUUUUGGAGAACUUUACUCUGAAUCCAGACUUACCAAAAUCAUGUGGUGGGAGUGCUUGUGAAAAUAUGGUUACAGUUAUUGAAAGAUUUCAAGAUUGUACAUUUGUAUGUGGUACAAAUGGGGAAGAUCCAAAGUGUUGGAAAAUGUAUCCCAGAGAAAGCAAUCUUUCUAAUGAGGUUAUAGAAGGCACAGGGAUCUCACCUCACACAUGGACACAAAAUUCCUUAUCCCUGAUGGCAGAUGGAGAUCUAUAUGCAGCAGCUCCUCUAUACAGUGAUGGAACCCUGCUACAGUUUCGUAGAAAAGCUGGCAAUCGAAAUAGUUUAUGGAUGUAUGAUCAAUGGGUCUCAGAACCCACUUUUAUCUCCAGCUUUAUGGCCAAGCGCGCAGAUGACCCUAUGAAUGAGAAGAUUUACGUUUUAUUUCGUGAGAAAAACUCUGACACCAAUCCAGAGGCAGAUCCUUGGAUAUCAAGGGUGGCUCGAGUGUGUAAGGUUGAUGAGGGGGGUUCGAAGCAGUUACUCCAAAACAUAUGGACCUCCUUCCUCAAGGCUCGGCUUGUUUGUGGGAUUCCUAGUGAGUCGCUGUACUUCAAUCGCCUGCAGGACGUUUUUGUCCAACAUGCUGAAGAUUGGAGAGACUCGCGAGUUUACGCACUCUUCUCAAGCAGCUGGAACUCAACGGCUGUUUGCAUAUACUCUUUGGAAGAGCUUGAUGCUGUGUUUGAGCAUUCUACCUUUAGAGGUUAUGAUGAUGCAGUCCCCAGCCCAAGACCGGGAAUGUGUGUGAACAACAGCCAGUCCAUUCCCAGUCCUACCCUCAAUAUAAUUAAAGACUAUCCAGAGAUGAAGGACUGGAUUUAUCCUAUUCACAAGGACACACCCUUCUUCACUAGUAAUAACAACUAUACAAAUAUAGCUGUUGACAGAGCCCAAGCUUCAGAUGAAAGCAUGCACAAUGUGCUGCUGUUGGCCACAGACAAUGGCGUGAUCCUUAAAAUCCUAGAAGACGAAUCUAAAGCAUUCAUCAUCUCUGAGACCCAUCUAUGCAAUGUCUCAGCACCCAUACAGUCAAUGAAACUAGACUCUAAAAAGAGGAAGUUGUUUGUAGGAUAUCCUGGCCAGAUGUCGAUAUUAGACCUGCAGAGAUGUCAGGACUACAAUGCUUCCUGUGAGGCUUGCGUCCUUGCCCGUGAUCCAUUCUGUGCUUGGACUGAACAUGGCUGCACGGCACAAACAAAAGGAGGAUUACAAAAUAUUGCUAAUGGAACAACAUAUGUGUGUCAAAACAAAUCAGUGGGAAGAUCCAAAAGAGACCUGCAACAGUCAACAGCAGUUCCAUUAAGAAUGCAACAUACUGUGCCCACCGAUGUUCCAUUCUACCUCUCUUGUCCUGUCGCUUCCCAUCAUGCCACAUACAGGUGGGAACAUGGGGAUCAGAGCAGCCCAUGCCAGCAAACCCAAUCUGAAUGCCUCCUCCUCAUCCCAGCCAUGACGGAUGACAAAUAUGGCAAUUACAAAUGUAUAUCCCAUGAACGUGAUUACACCAAAACUGUGAAGGAAUAUGACCUCCUCCCUAAGGCUGUUUUUAAUGCUGCUUUCAACCAUAGAGCACAGGAAUGUUUAAUGGCCUUAUUUUUCACUAUUACCCUUUAUCAGCUCUUGCGUUAAGGCCAAGGUAGUUACAGUUUGUAAAUGUCAGCACUCCCUUACUCUAGCGUUUCUGAUUGUGUGCAAGCCUAUUAAAGCUAUCGGUCAUGCAUUGCUAAGUGAAUGCGGUUGUCGUUAGGGGAGAGAAUGGUGUUGGUGUGAAAUUUAUAGGUUAGUGAAACAAUAGUAAGUCACUAAUGUUAGAAAUUUUUUGUCUCUGCCUGCCCAUACUAGCAGAAGAAUUUCAUGCUUGCUAUCUGUUGAGCAUGAAAGUUAUGCUACAUUGAGGUACAAAAGUCUGAGGCCACAUAGAAAAUUUGGGAUUUCGUUUUAAUUGAAUCUGGAACCAAACCGAAAGUUAAACGGUUUUUGAUUAUAUUAAAUAAAUAGUAAUAAAACCUAGAUAGGGACUGUUUAUCUUAACAAACUUUAAUGUUGACUUUUAAAUUGGUAAAAAAAAAAAAAAUCUGUUUGAUGGUUAUACAAUCUGUUUCCCAAUCGACACUAUACACUAUGCACGUACAAAAUAUACUAUGCACUCAGUCUUGUAGUGAAUGAAUUUUCAAAGUGUAGUAUCCUCCCAAAUGUAACACUUAAUCGUUUUUUAAUACAUGUAAGUAUUCACCGUUUAACAGCUGACGGAAGUUGUGUUUUAAGUGCACGUGCUGUAUUGCCGCUAGCUUUUGCGCAUUAGCCAACCUCAGUUCAACACUUGUAUCUCAAACAACAUACAUAUUCACAUAGCUUAGGGUGAUGGUAAACCAUUCAACUCACAUUUGUAUGGCUCUGUAUCCACUGAAGUUUUGCUAGCUGCUACAUUCUUCAUUGUUUUGUCAGACCAGCAGUGCAGCCAGGUAACUCCGCCCCUUCCGAUAUGUACAGCAAGCACUGGGCUGAGAGUGUCAAACAUUCUACACUCCCUUUUGACGGUUGAAAAAUUCAUCAGUGUACUUAAAGUACUGUACACUUCUUUCUGAUGCAUUUUCGGUGUUAACAUAAGGUGUGUCCCAAACCACACACUUCUGCACUACUUUACUCCACUUUGUAGUGUAAGUUGUGCGAGUAGUGUGUUCACACUAAAAAUGCAACAAAAAGAAGUGUAAUGCGAGUACCCAGAUGAUGCACUUUUUCAACCAUCAAGUGUGGAAUGUUGGACACUUCAUGCACUCAGCGAUCGCAGCUGCCCUACAUAGCGGUAGGGAUGGGGCUAACUAGCUGUGGUACUGGCCUGACAAAAAUAAACAAGAUCGGAUCUGUACCCGAAGAGACUUCUGUUGAGAAAACACCUUUCAAAUGUCGUUUCAAUGCUUAACCACCAUCCCCACUGUUUGAUUUAUGUUUCAGUAUUUGUAAAUUUCAUGAUGUGAAGGUUGAUUGUUCUUAUUACACCUAAUAACAGGGCUUCGAAGUUCGUUUAGUUACCCAGCUCGUAUCUCGCAGGCUGAAUGCUAGUGAGCUUCAAACGCUUCACAUAUCAGUUUCUACUAUUACAAUGCUCAUGUUUAGUUGGCUGUUUUGCACAUCUCAAUGAUAAUAUUCUGUAUUAAUAUUGAGUUCCCUUACGACUCAGUACACUUGACAUUACGUAGCUACGCAUAUGGGGUGUGCCUUCUUACACAACCUAGUUGAAACCUCUUUAAAACAAUGGCAAUAUUCUAAUAUUGGCUAUGGUGUUUGAGCCCCGCCUGUUUUGGCGUGAAACUGUCCGCUAUAAAAACAGGUGAACAAACACCAUUUCUUCUUUCAAGAAAGUGAUUAUCUCUUGCCUAGAAGCCCUCUACCUUUCGCUGCUGAUAUACAUGUGUAAGUGGGCGGAGUCUUCGCGGGAAGACUUUCCGCUCCCCUGCAGUGUUCUGGCGAACAUCACAGCGCAUCGCUGCUUGAUGCUUUGCUGGUGAACAGGCUUCAGCAUCCUGAUUCUCCGCAGCUCUUCGGCAUGAUUUCUGUAUGUGUGUCCGCUUUAGGGUUGUUAAUGUUUUGUUCACUGUAAUAAACUGUGUGUUGCUCACACAGCUGAAAUUUUGCGAUUAAAUGCGUAAAUUUUUUUAACGCGUUAUUUUUUGUAAAAUUAAUCGCACGUUAUUAACGCGUUAAAUCGACAGCCCUAAUAUAUAUAUAUACACUUAUGCCCUUCCCUUUAAGUAUGGGCUCCCCAUCAUUUGCAUAACCGCCUGCAUUCAGGCCAUUAUAAUUUAUCAUAAAGUCACAAGCAUUUUCAUUAUAAAUAAACUCUCUACCCAACUGGGUUCAUAAGGAGUUCAUUCAUACUAUAGUACUAUAGUUCAUAUAUUUGUUAAGAGUUCUCUCCUUCUGUCCAAAAUAAGGUUCAGUCACUGCAUCAUACUUAUGUCUGUCGCUAUCCCACAAGACUGCGGUGCCAUGUUUCCUCUCUGGGAAGUUAUGUAAUGUAGUGCAGCGUGAUUGGAUUCUGUUACCCAUAUGCACAGCUACGCAUUGUCAAGUGUACUGAAUCAGAAGGGAAUGUCUUGGUUACUUCUCAGUUCCCUGAGACGAAGGAAUGAGACAUUGUGAACGCUAGCCACACUGCAAGACAAGAGUUUUGAGGCACGAGCAAUGUGCUCCUUGUCCUCUGUCAAUUUGGUGGAAAUGGUGUUUGUGCACCUGUUUUUAUAGUGGACUGUUCCGCACCACAACAGGCGGGGCUUAAACAUCAUAGCUAAUAUUAAAAUAUUGGUGUUAUUGUAGAGAGGUUUCAACUAGAUCAUGUAAAGAAGGCACUCCCCAUAUGUGUAGCUAUGCAAUGUCUCGUUCCCUUUGUCUCAGGGAACCGAGGUUACGUAUGUAACGGAGACGUUUUCUAAACCUCGUUAUUUUAGGGACUAGAGAAUACCAACAACCUUUUUUGUAGGGAGCUGCCAACAAAGCCUUGUUCACAGGCCACCGAAAUGCAGCGACCAAAGACUACGAGUAAGUUACAUAAUGCAUGAGACGUUAUACCACGGAAAAUCAUACCUAAUGUACUGUAUGUUGUGUUUUGAAAGGGUGUUUAUCUCACACUAUGGCCUUGGUGGCAACAUCAGCCCUGCCUGUGUAAAAAAAAAAAAAAAAGGGAAAAUAUGAAACAGAAGUAGAAGUUACAUAUUUAAAUGUGUAAUUAUUUUAUUAGUGCCUUUUACUUUUAAAAUAAAUAUAGUUCAAUAUAUUGUACUUGAUAAUAAUACACUUUGAAAAUGUGUACACUAUAUGGCAGAGUGCAUAGUGUAAGUGCAUAUUGUAUAGUGCGUUAAUUGGUAAACAGCUACAUACUCGCACUACUUACACUACAAAUUGUCAUAGAAUAGGGCAGAAGUGUGCGGUUUUGGACGCACCUACAGAAAUUACAGUAAGACAAAUAGCUAGCUAGUCAGAUAGACCAUCUGGUAAACUGUCACAGAGUUAAAUAUAAGAGAGAAAACUUAAAGCAGAUCAAAGACCUUUUGUCCGAUUGUUUACAUUAGAACUUUUGACAGUUGGAGUUUGAAUUAAUGAGCAUUCCAUUGGCCCAUCUGAACCCUCAAUGUAAGUCAAUGGGAUUUUUCCCGUUUUGGUCAUCUGCUGUGCAAAAACCAUAAGACUGAUCAGUUCGAAACGACACAGUACAAAAAAAAUAAUGAACUAAAAGCUGGUAGAAUAGCAGUAUUUUGACUUUGUUAAGCCAACAUAAUAAAAGUUGCGAUGUGAAACAAUGAAGCAAUACUUAUGAUCCUACACUAUUUUUAGGUCACUAAUCAAGUGUAAUCAAAUUUUUGACACUGAUUAUGUUUAAUGAUAAUGUAAAUUAGUAUUUGUAUUAAAAUAGGAAAAUGCUAAAAGCAUUUUUCACUACUUUAAUUGUGUUGACACCAAAGCACUUUAUAUAGCACUGGAUGUUAAGUGAAGCUUAUGGAAUGCUUCAGGGAUGCUGUUGUAAAAAGAAACAUUGGGUGUUGUCACUUCCAUGAAUUCUCGAAUGAAGAAUGGGGUGCCAUUAGGUUUGGGUGUAACAGAGCAGAGAGUACCUGGGUGUGGUCAGCAGUAAAAACAGUUGAAACAUUUCAAACAUGUACAACCCCGAUUCCAAAAAUAUCAGCUCUUCUUCAAUAUAGCAAAGGGUGAAUAUAAUUUACAAAUAACUCCUUUUUGCCUUUAUUAGCAUAUUUAAUAUUGUCAUAACUUUUUUGGAAUUGGGGUUGUAGAAUCACUAAAUGAAUGUGCAGAAAAUAUGAGAUAUCAGAUAUUUUCUAGAAUAGAUUAAUUCAUUUGCAUGUGGGUUAUAUCAUAAAUUCCAUUUCUGCAAUGUGAAUGUAUUUACAGUAUGUAGGGAACUUGCACCUUAACUUUGUAAUUAAUUUCUUACAACCACCAACAUAUAGUGCACCCUGAGUAAGUUUGAGUGCCUUUGAGCAUGUAGGGAACAUGGUAGGAAUGCAUUAGUGAUGCAUGUAGAACAGUGAAUGUAGUCUUAAAAUGAAAGGAUUUUUGUCUGCAUUUUUUUUUUUUUAUAUCACUUAUUUAAAACAUAAUGUGUGAAUGUUUUUUUUUUUUUUUUUUUGCUGCAGUAUAUUUUCAUUUAAAAUUAUUGUUUGCUUGACAUGUAUUUUUUUUUUGUGUUUAUUAAUGAAUAUGAAGUAAAUGCAUUGCAUAGUAUUGCAUAGCACUGCAUAGUAUUUUGAUUGACAAAUUGCUGUUAUGAGCAUGGAAAAAAUUGCUUGUAGACCAAAGAUACCAAAAAAGACAGUGCUCUCUUUAAUUAACUCAUUAUUUAUUGAGAAUGAUCAUAUAGAUGGAAAAGUCCUGAAUGCACAAUAUGACAGACGUCACAGAUGUGUACCAGUGUUUCUGGUUCCAAUGUAUUUCUUAAAUUAUCAUACUGGUAACAUUACUCUCACUUUCAAACAUUGAUUAUUAAAUUGAAAAUUAUAUAUGAUUUAUAUAUUUGUGUCAGAUUUCUGCAGUGUUGUCUCUGAAAUAUGCUCACCUGAGCCAAAUACCUCCUCCUUGUAUUUAACUUUUAAGCCUAGUUAUGUAAUGGGGCUAUGUUGUACUUACUUUUUAUUUUCUACUUAUUUUUAUGCAUUACGUAUGUAUUUUACACAGUUAUGUUCAUUAUUGCGUAAUUAUAAAUGCUAAUUCAAUUGUA